AUGGAUCCAUUAUCUAUCGCGUCAGGCGCCGCCGGCCUCGCCAUCAGCUGCGCGACAAUAGUCAAGACCCUAUACACCUGGAUAGACGAUACUGUGGACGUCGACGAGAAUGUCUCUAAUUUGUUGGAGGAGGUCACGAUUCUGUCGCGAGUCCUAGACUCGGUCAGCAAUGCCUCAGGUCGGGUUCCGCAAGCUAUCGUGGCCGAGAUCGAUCCUGGUAAUGCCCUCUGGGGUAGUAUCAGUGCCACCCUCGAUGAUAUACAGAACACAUUCGACAAGCUCAAACAACUAAUGGCCGAGCUUGAGAAAACAAACCGCUUUAGCCGAGGGUUCUUGCGCAAGCCAACUAAGCAAAUCAAGUUUAGCUUGCGGUCCAAAGAUAUUACUAUAUACAAGGACAGAAUCAAGUCAUACAACACGGCAAUGACAAGUGCCUUUCAGAUGCUCAAUAUCUGCCUGCUAAUUCAUAGCAACUCCUCUCAAGAUUCUGUGUUCAAGGUCCUCUCAGGGCUCAAGUCCCAGCUGAGAAAUGUCGAGGUUGCUUUACAUACAAGUAGCUCUGCAAGCCCCGGUCCUUCCAGUGGACGUGAAGAGGAUGAUCGCGCUACCCAAAAUCUCCGACAGUUUGUUCAAGUAGCAGAGAACUUCCAUUCGAGCGCCAGUACGAUUCUGAGAGAAGGCCCCCGGUCCACUGUCUGGGGAGGAAGUAUUAUGGGCGACCCUUUAACGGAAGCACAAACAUCACUGAUCGAGAGAUGGAUACCUCCGCCAGUCAAUGAAGAGCCGCAUUCCCCUCUUGACGCUGACUCGGACAGUGAGACUGAGUUUGCCAGAAGAUUCGAAGAACUAGCGAUCAAGAACGAGGUGGACGGGGAUCACGCAAAGGCAGAACAAUUCUACAGAGGUGCCAUCGAGCACGGUGAAUCGAGUUCGAGGCCAGUAAGCGACAUCACUGCUAUAAAGAUACGACUGGCAUAUGUAUGCAUGCGGCAAGAAAAGUGGACAGAAGCAGACGAAAUUAUCUCCCCAAUCGCGUUUGAGAGAAAGACAAACGAUAUACUCGUGUAUCACGGAAUGCAUGCCUUGGCUCUUGCUUAUGUGGACGACUCCAAACUUGAGGAAGCUGAAAGGUAUUGCAAGCGUGCUCUCUGGGGCAAGAGAAAAGUUCUCGGCAAAGAUAAUCUGAGCUGCUGGGAGACCCUCACUCUGCUUGUGUUCAUCUGCAAAGCGAGAAACAGGACUGCGGAAGCAGAGGUCCACCGAAGCUUUAUCCCGAACUACGAGACUAUUGCGAUUGAUCCUGAAGCGUUGACUUAUCUGGAGCGCUCAGUUGGUAGCUUGGGUAGAUCAAGUAACGACAGUGACAUGAUCACAAAAACCCAACAGCCAUCGGCCUUUCAGCAAGAGUAUCCUCCCAGCCAACCAUACGCUACGGCAGCUUCUGGCCCAGUCCCAUCUGCAGGUGGAUUCCAGUAUCCCAAAACCUUGGGCUCUCAGUACACAAGUCCGCCAACACCGAGUAGUCAUCAAGGUAUGGUCCAACAUGCGACACAGGAUAGGCAAACAAGAUCAAACGGAGAGUCAUCUUCAAACCCUGCUCUCUCUCGAAAGGCUAUUGGACCCCCAGACCUGAACUCAUCUACAAUGAAUCGCCCCCUAAGCAUGGGGCAAUACUAUCAACAGCGACAAACAGAGCAAUCCAGAAGAAGCACCGAUCUGUCAUAUGUGGCAUCUUCACUACUACCACCUCCCCAUUCAACGAGAGCAUAUAUACAGCCUUCGCUAGGUGCCAACAAUUACGAACCUCAAGGUUACCAAUCGCCCCCACCACUGUCGCCCUAUGGCACGGCACCUGUGCCUAAGCCUGAGCCCCAAUAUCAGAUAUUUGUGUCAAUCGACUUCAUGAACAUAGACGGUGCGAGUACCAGUGUUGCAUAUAUUCCAACUGUCAUUUACUACGAUCAGUACAAUAAGGUAGCUGGGUGGGGCUGUGACAUUGCUGAUGCCAUUGCGCCGACUGGAGAUUUGAAACCAGGUAUCCAGAAGGUUGAAGGUCUACCUCUGCUCUUGGCUCAAGAGAAGGAAGAUUCGACUCCACUACCAGCCGUUCCUCCAGGCCUCAACGCUGUAGAUGUCUCAGCCGAUUUUCUCUUUGAGGUCAGGCGUGCCCUUCGUACCCAAUUGCAGCAGCGUCUAGGAAGGAAAUUCUUGGACAACGAGCAGACAAUCCAUUGGAUUGUCACCUUGUCAGAGAUCUGGGCAAAAAGGAACAAAGAUUUAUGGAAACGUGCUCUCCAAAGAGCUGGCUAUCUGAGAGACGAAAAUGAUACACGCUUGUCAUUCAUUGGCGAGGCAGAGGCGUCAAUAAACCACGCGAUAAUGAGAUAUUCCCUCAUCCAAGAAACCUAUAUAUUUGCGAGCUUUGGGAAGGAGAUAGCACACGUGUCCGUGUGUACGCUUCCAGUAGCACCACAUCACUUUGUUUCUAGGCUUGUGUCAAAUGAGAACCAGGGGCCUGCUCUUAUAGCACACAGGUUUGCUCAAAUGGCGCGGACCAAGAUCAAGCGCAUGCGACUUCCAGAUAGCUCGAGGUUAGCUAGAAGGGUCUUUGGAAAGUGUAUCGAUGAUUUUGAGGACCGCAUCUUGUCAGAAUUCAGAAACAACGGACAAGAAUGGGAUAUCGAUGUUGCAGUUGAAGCAGAAUUCCCUGAUGCAGGGAUCAAGAAUGGCUUUAUGACUUAUACAAAUGACGAAAUCUUGUCGUGUUUCCAGCCUGUUAUAGAUGGAAUUACGACCAUGAUGGCUCAUGCAAUAGGUGAAGUUUUCACAACUGGCAAUGUUCUUGAGGGAAUUGUACUUGCAGGAGAAUACUGUACAUCGGAAUACUUGCUACGGGAAAUCAAGUCGAAACUACCCGCCGACCUCCGAAACAAGGUCUAUCCGCCCAUGGAACCUGCAACACAGGUUGUGUUAGGCGCAGCCCAUUUGGAAUUAUCGCGCUAUUUGUCUAGCGGUCGAGGAUAUGUUAAGCACGAAAGAUAG